ACGGAGUAUAGGGCUGAACCGGUCAGUGCAUGUCGCGACGAGAUCGUGGCAAGUACCGGAGCUGCUCUCUCUCCGUACUUGUACAUAAACGGAUGCUGUAUCAUAUUUACAGUAUAAAUUUUAACUGUUGAUCCGUUGCGUGUAUAUUGGUCAGUAGGUUAUAAAAUGGUCGAAGAUAUUGGGAUUGUGAAGAUGACUUGAAUAGAGUUUGCUACUGUGAAAAUUCUUAUCGACCCACUAAAAACGGAACAGGGAAACGCGACGAACUAUCUCGACCAAUGACCGCAGAAUUGUCGACUCCCGGUGACUUGGGUCGAGAGAUUAAACGUGAAGGCAGGAACUCGUCAAGGAAUUGGGAACAGUUGAUUUCCGCUGUCAAGCAAUCAAGAUGAGUUUUAGUGGUGCGCUGAUCAAGAAGAUUGCUGACGUUAAGGAGUAUCUCCAAUAAUCAUCGGGUAGGAGAGAAGAGGUGACUUACUUCUGUAAAUUCGCAAGAGGGAAUGAAAAGUUCAUGAUAACCGAGCCAAGUAAUCCUCCGUCUGCGUAUCGUCCUCGAGAGCGGGAAUUCAGGAUAAGGAACUACCCUGCCUCUACGUCCUAGCGCUUCCACAGAGGGGAGAAAGUUCCUUGAGAUUCAGCCCACGUAAUAAGGUAUCGACGGACUACUGAUAUACGGAGUUUUCCUAAUAUUCUCCAACGGCUUGCCGGGGAUUCCCCUGCGGUCGAUGCGACUCCUACGGACAGAGCCAGAGGUUUCCCCGUGGAAAGUUGUACAAUAUCCGUCGUGGGUGAUCCGUCCCUCGUGGGGUAGACGCUGAUGCAAACUACGAGAAUGAAAAGUUUGCGGCUGCCAAGAAGAGGAGCGCGGGAUUUCCGGUGAACUCGUGGUGGACUUUAAAAGCCGCGAGUAUCCUGGAGGAAGUAAAGGAGGUGGUGGACGGGUGGCGAGAAGAUUUUCAAACUAGGAGAUGAUAAGCGAGACCCUGGGACCACGACAAAUGGGAUCCACGUUGAGUCAGUGGUUGAUUAUCGUCAUUCAUGGCUACAGAGCCACCACGGUGAUACUCUCCUUGCUGCUCAAUGUUCUUCUAAGGAUCGACAGCCCAGCCGCAGUGACUGCGGAAAUCGUCGGUACCGGCGUCAACUCCAUAGAUAGAACAAGCCCGAAGCCAUUGGACGUCGACCUGCCGCCGACGUUGCCGAUGACUUUUGGCACCCAAAAUUCAACAGUGAUUUCCGCCCAAUCAGGAUCCACCGCCCUUAUACCCUGUGUCGUCCACAAUAUCGGUGAUGGAAUGGUAACGUGGAUAAAACGAAGAGACGUUCAGCAGCUGCUCACGGUAGGCCUGGCGACGUACGCGAGCGACGAGCGUUUCCAGGCGAUACAUUUUCACCACAGCGAAGAUUGGACGCUUCAAAUAAAGUACGUUCAGCGUCGGGACGCUGGUCUCUACGAGUGCCAAGUAUCCACCCAUCCGCACACGAGUAUAUUUCUGCUUCUGGAGGUCGUCGAUGCUCGUGCCGAGAUAACCGGGCCGCCGGAGAAAUUCGUGCGACCCGGUAGCACCCUGCAACUUCACUGCCUCGUUAAGAAGUCCACCGAGACGUUGUCCUAUCUCUUCUGGUACCACAACUUCCGUAUGAUAAAUUAUGACGGGGAUCAAGGUGUGAACGUCAGUACGGAUCUGAAUGGACGGGAAAGUUGGUUGGAGGUACCCAGGGCAUCAGGAAAACACUCGGGGAACUAUACCUGCGCUGCUAAUAACGCAGAACCUGCCAGGGUACUGGUGCACAUCUUCAACGGGGACAAUCCAGCCGCUAUGCAGCACAGUAUAGCCUCCUCAGGACCAGCACUGGCAUUCCUGGUGUUAUUCAUCCUGCCAACGUUGCUCAGAAUGACAGCACAACCGGCUGUCUUUGUUUUACAGUGCUGAAACUUUAAUCGAUGCUUCAAGUUCGUGUAGAUUUAUUUAUUUGACCAUUGUAUUUAGUUUUCUCUUACCUAAAGCGUGCGUGGCCUUUCCGAAGAUCGAGGAUGAAGAGGGAAGGAAGUAAUCGGCUGGUGUCUCUUGGACGUAGACGGAAGAUCUUUUUUUGGAACGCCUUUUGUGUCUAGCGUAGCACCCCGACAGGUCUCAGUCAUGCAAUAUACUGGGAAUGCAGGAAAGAUUGAUCUCUGCAAUUUUUUUUUUUUAAUUUUCGUUUGUGAAACUUGAUCGUCACGACGUCCGUCAAAAUUCUUCUGGGAUUCAAUCGUUUUUAUAAGAGAGAUAAAAUCUGUCCGGAUGCUUGCAGACGCAAUUAUCUGCUAGACAACAGCUUUUACUUUGGCUGCCGUUAGUUUAUCUUAUGUUUCUGUGUCGCGCGAUACAAAACAGUAUGGGGGAAUAUCUUGGAUCCAGUGAUUGUAGGAGGCUCAAAAAGCGGAUGAAACUAAUUAUUAUUCGUGGUGCACGAUUGUGUAAUUUAAUAAGAAUGCGUGUAUAUAAUAUACAUACGUACAUAAAUUAGGUAUAUAUGUAUAAUAAAGAUAUAUCGUCUACAAUCUACUUCAACGUUACAUUUACUAAUCACUGAUCAAAUUCUCAGCAGAUAAUUUAAUUAACGACAGAUUUAUCGAUUUUAGAAAACUAUAUAAGUGCAUAUGCCUCAUCGAGCAGAGAAUCCUUCUGAUUGAAGGAAGAAAAGUUUGAAUUAGGAAAUUC